AUGAAGAACCAUGGAUCAGCAGCUGCCGACGAGAACGCGAGGGAACUCAAGAAAGCGAAGAUGGCAGAAAGACCCGACAGAAUAGAGACGGCCAGCACGAGAGCGAGCGGGGUGGACAAGACCAAGAUCGAGGUGAACUUGGAGUGUUUCGAAGUCAUGGAGGAGAAGCUCGUGCGGGUGGUGAAGCCAGCGGACUUCUUCCAGACAAACAUGGGCAAAGAGUGCGAGAUAGAGACAGUGAAGAACAAGAAAGAACUAGAUUUGUCAAGCUUAAGAUAUCACAACGAGCAUGUGAAGCCCUCCCGAGGGAGAGCAGUGGCAAGUCACAACGAAACCAAGGAUGAGAAACUGAAGGUGAGCUUAGAUGAUCUGCCACUAGAUUGGUCCAUCAAGCAGACCUUGCGGGUUGAGUCUGAACAGCCAAUGGGCUGGUUGCAGUACAAGUUCUCGUCUGUAGCAAGUUUCUAUCCGGCCCAUGCAAGAGAAACUUCAGACAUGAACGAGGAGGAGAGGCUUGCUCGCGCUCUCAUUCAAUGGCGUUACCCGUCGAAUGCGUCCCAGCUAAGUACAAGAGAACCAGUGCAAAGGAGCAAGGCGGAAGAGAAGGAGAUGGAGAAGAAUCAGCAAGAGUUCAGACAUGCUUUGCACUCGCUCUAUCGUCUCUACAAGAACGGCCAGUGCCGAUAUUUCUACCUGAUGAGCGAAGAUUUUCACGUUCUUUUCCGCGACAGCUCGCCUAACGUCGUUUCUUCCUCUCAAGAUUUAGCCAAAGCCGAGCAAAUCGCUUUCAUCUCGAGCUCAACAAAGUCGCUCCGCAAGGGGUUGCGAGACAAGAUUGUUGAGUUUGCUAUGCCGCUCGAUCCCGACGAUCGCAACGGGUCACAAGACCCAGACAAUCUCAGUCUCUUACAAGAGCUGCGCGACUUUGCAUCUUCGACUUCAUUCCCAGUGAGGCAUAAUCUCGGGACGCUGGUCAAAGAUGGCAGCCCUCAAUCUCUUCUUGUCGUCAAAGGAACUUUUCACGUGCAAUCUUUAUACGAUUUUCUGUACAAUAUGAAGCAGUUGGAGGGACCGAUGCUGCCGUCCAAUCUCAAGGAUCUGAUUCAUUGUUUGGACAAGAAGCUGGAAUUGUUUGACUUGACGAUGAAGAGCGACCCUCAAUCAACUCAUUUCUGCCUGCCCAGUUGUGUUGAUACGGUGCCGGAAGGACUUGUUCGGCGGAAAUUCUUGACAAAGGUGGAGAAGAGGGAGGGGACGUUGGUGAUCAGUGAAAACAAAGUGUGA